AUGUCUGCGGAGAAAAUUAGCAAAAAAGUUCAUAUGGAAGGUGACGAACCAGCGCAAGUCACUGGUGAACAAAUCGCACAACCAUCUGAAGAAAUCAAAGAAGAGCAGAAUGAAGAAACUCAAGAACCACAAAUUGAAACUGAAAUAAAAAUAGAAGAUCUCGCAAGCAUAGAACCUAGUCUGCUCGCGAGCAUCGACACAGCACCAAGUCUGCUCCCGAGCAUUAAAGAGAGUGACCAAGUCACUGAAAGUGAGCAAGUGGUUAUACCAGCAGAACCCCAGGAACCUGAAAUAAAUGAAGAUUCAAUGGAAGCUAAACUAGUUCUCCUGCGGCAGUUUUCAAGCGACUAUUUCUUGUACAAACACAGCCCUUCUUUCAAAUGUUUCGAACAGGCCCUGUGCUCACAGAGCGACCUCCGACUGACUUUGUAUUUUUUUCCACCGCUCACUGACCCCGGCUUGGAUGAAGCCUUCAACUACAUACCGCCUGAGGAAGAGCAUGACCCUGACGGUGCUGAUAAGUACAUCAACAUGUGCAAAGACUUGGCCAUUGUGCCCAUUUCUCGCGUGAUAAGAUCACUAAAAACGGACACUUUAAAUUUAAAGUAUUACGGACUGACUUUAAAACAAAUGAGGGGCAUAGCAGACGCGUUGAAGGUGAACAGUAACAUCAAGUAUUUAAUUUUUGAAGACAAUUGGAUGUCGCCGGAGGCAACGGCCCUCAUUGGCGAGGUUCUACGUGAAAGUAACUCGAUUCGGUUUUUAAAUUUGAAAGAGUGCCGAAUUGGCGAAGACGGGGCUGAAAAAUUGUGCGAAGGCAUAUCAUCAACGCAGUUCUUGCAAGAACUGGAUUUAAGUUAUAACAGUUUGGGGGAUAAAGGUUUGAAAAUACUUCAGCCCAGUUUAAUUGAAAAUACAUCGAUUAAAAAACUAAAUAUCAGUCAUAAUAAUUUAACUGAGGACUCGGGGGCGACUUUGGAGGCAAUUUUGUUAGAAAAUAAAUAUUUGGAAGAGUUAGAUCUCUCCUGGAAUGGAUUUUUCACAGCCCCUGGGAAUAAAAAACUGUGCAACGGUUUGGCUAAAAAUGAAUUAAUUAAAUGGUUAAAUCUGUCUUGGAAUGGGAUUGGCACAGGUCCUGCAAUGCGGCCCAUCACAAAAUACUUGCGGAAGACUCAAGUGUUACAGUUUUUAGAUUUGAGCUGGAACAGAAUAACACAGCGUAGUUUAAUCUUAUUGAGAGCGGCUUUAAUACGAAACAAGUCACUGAAUGGAAUUAAGCUGGGACAUAAUAUUUACACUCCUGACGAAGCUUACUUUCUAGCGUCGCUUUUUUCAAGAGUAAAAAACAAUAAUUUUACAUUUUUGGACAUGGAAGACAUGUGCGUUAACAAAGAUUUUUUGCCGUUGAAACGAAAAUUUCAAAGAGAAGGCAGACAAAUCCCCCAUGGGCAUGUUUUAAGCAAUUAUGAGAUUUACGGUCCUGAUAUAAACAAACUGCUCUUUCAGCGAUGUCGCUAUUUAGCAAUGAAGCCAAAGAAGAAGAAGAAAAAGAAAGACUUUGGACAUUUUGUAUUGUCGCUGCCUGAUAAAAAUGUGACACCGCAAGAGUUCCAAGAAUUGUUGAAAAAGAAGAAAAUCAAAAAAAUUGACAAGGACUUACUCAAUGAAUUAAUGGCAAGGUUUCAAACCAAGAAAAAGAAAAUUGAUUCAGUUGCCAUGAAAGCCGAUUACAUGAGACUGUACCCCGACACGGUACUACCUGAAGAAAAGAAGAAGAAAAAGAAGAAGAAGAAGAGGAGAAAAGGCAAGAAACCGAAAAAGAAGGAAUAAUUAAAAUACACAAAUAAAAAUCAAUUCGUUUAUUCAAUUCGCUUUUGAAACAGAGGAAACAAUCUUAACAGAAUAUAUCAUGGGAGCUGUGCCACUUCGCGUGCUUUUUUUAAUCAUUUUCACAACUUUAAACUUAUCGUCAUCGGUCAAGUUCAGUUUCUCCUCCCCGUCGUUUUUACUCGAAACAUCAAUUUCUU